CAGUCCUUUCUUUUCAAAGGAAGUUACUACAAAAGAUUCUGAACAUCAAUCAAGAAGGAAAGAUGAUGGGAGGGAGAGGGGUAGGGAUUCUACUCAGAGUCAUCAUGGCAGAAACAAUGAUUCCUAUAGACAAUAUGAGGGACAGUCAUCCAGAAAUUCCCACAGUAAUUCUAAGCAAGAUGACCAUGUUAAACCUGACAACUAUGCAGAUGAUAGUGAUAGAAAUUAUAAAAGGACAUAGAAUCAAGGACAAGGACAAGGACAAAGAAUCGCAUAAAUAUGAUGAUAGGGAUUCAUCUUUAAGAAGAGCUGGACCUAGAAAGAGACGUGCUGAAACAAUUUCUGAAGAGAUGGGUAGAGAUCGACAAAGGCGGGACAAAGAUGAACGAGAUGAAAAAAGGGAUUAUUAUAGGAUUUCAGAAGAUCAUAGAAGUCAUCGUACAGCUUCUUAUGAAGAGCCCAGGGGGUGUCGAUAUGAUUCCUCUUUUGGGAGGGACAAUGAUAAAUAUUGCUUUAAAGGAGAGAAGUAUGGUGAACUGGAAGCUUACAAGGACAAGGAUCAAAACAGUAGAGCACCAUUGGAGAAAUUUGAGAAGAAGUAUAUCUUUUCAAGUGAAAAUGAAGAAUUCCCAGAUAAAAAACCAAAGCAUCAUUAUAGCUCAGGCAAGGCCACUAAUCAUGAUAAAGAUGCUGAUGAAAAGCAGGCACCAAGUUUAGACCGAGAACAGGAGGUUGCCAAUAGAGGUACUGCAGGAGAGGUACAUAGCAAUGAGUCUGACGCCACUAAUGACCUACAUGCUGCAAAAGUUGCUGCAAUGGAAGCUGCUGAACUAGUAAAUAUGAACCUUGUUGGGGUGGGUUUUAUGACUACUGAUCAAAAGAAGAAGCUGCUAUUGGGAAACAAAAAGAACACGACAGCAGAAGAGACUAGUCAUCAGUGGGACACUACAUUGUUUGGUGAUCGUGAACGACAAGAAAAAUUCAAUAAACUCAUGGGUGUGAAAGGCGAGCUAAAGGUGGACCACAAACCAGACAAUCAAGAUGGCAGUGGCCUCCUCCAUGCCGAGAAGCAGAAGGAACUUCAGCUGGACUUGGAGAAGCAAUAUACUGCUGGACUCAGGCGAAGAGAUGGCCGAACAGUUGGUUUAGGUCUCUGAGCACUGAAAUUGAAUCAUACCAUAGUACCAAAGCAAUGAUUCCUGACAUUUUGUUGUACUGCUCAAGAAUCUUGAUUCCUCAAAUUUAUGCCUUAUGGCAUGUUGGGAAAUAUUUGUGUUCUUAUAAAAUCUUUAGAAACUUAACAAAUGACAUCUUGACCU